AUGGCCACUCAUCGGCCCGGCCGCGCCACCCCGUCACCCCCUGCUGCCUGCGUCGCCGCCCGCCUCGCGCACGCGCUCGCCUCCCGCGCACGCGCUCGCACCGCACCUCGCGCCCGCAUUUGCCCUGCACCCCCGCCACACCUCCCUGCUCCGCCGCUCGCCGCACUGGCUCCGCCACGCUACUGCUGCCCCGUCGUGCGCGCGCGCACGAUGCCGCCCCUGCCUACGGCUGCUACGUCUGUGGCCGCUGCUGCCCGUCCCCUGCCGCGGCUCUGCUCCGGCCAAGCCGCCGCACGCCGCCACUCGUCGCGCGCCCGCCGGCGCCCCGCCGCCCCUGCACCGCCUCCGGCCUCCUCCGGCGACCGCCCGCUUUGCUAUGGCCUCGCCCCGCCGCACCCCCCUGCGAGCAACCGCACGCUGCGCCCGUGA